CUUUUACGUAUACAUGGUUAACAUCAACAAGGCGUGUACAAUACGAUUUCAAAUGUAUGGUUUUAGUAUACAGUAAAAAGAUGCCGUUUAACAAAACUAUUACAAAUGUUGCUGCGGGACUAUGGUAAUAUGUAAAGCUAUACUUUUACACAAACAGCGCUUGUCACAACAUCGUCCCACUGUACUUGAACGCACCGUGCUCGCUUUCAGGCGAUGCGACGUAAAUAGACUGACGAGCUAACCACUGCGAAUGUGACGUUCUGGCCAUGCCCGGCAAGUGCAAGUUCCAACAAUCCUGGCUCUCCAAGGAGAUCUAUAAAGAGUGGCUGCUGAGGGACACCCAGGACAUCCACUUCGCCCGGUGCAAGGCGUGCUGUAAAUCCAUCAAACUGCAGACUAUGGGCGAGGCUGCCCUCACCAGCCACGCAGGGGGAGUUGGCCACAAAGCGGCGGUGCGCAAGCUUGUGGAAGGGUACUUGAGGAUGGUGCAGGUCAAUGACGGCGUGAGUCAGGCGGAAGACAACAAGGAGCAUGUGGGCGUCGCCCGGCAGCGUCACAACUUUGACAGGGGAGCAGACAAUUUGCACCAGACCGCGGAAAACGCCAGAACUUCCCAGAAUGCCGAGCUGCAGGGGGCGUCUUUUCCCGCCGACUAUUUCACAAUGACAGGCACCUCCGGCUUCCUCAGCCGGCGUCUGGUGCCCUCGGCGGGCAGCAGGGCACACGGUGCAGAGCGCCACCUCCUGGAGCAGCAGAAGAGUGCAGAGGCCCUGGAGCAGCAGCAGCAGCAGCAGAUGAGGCUGCUGGAGUGGGAGAGCAGGAUGAAGGUGCUGGCGUGGGAGCAGGAGCUGGUCAGGGAAAAGACACGGGCCGCUCGCCAAAAGCAGAAAGCCUUCAGGAUGAAGACAAACUACUACAAGGCCAAGCUAAAGAGAAUGGGAGAGUUUGUGCCGCCAUCUUCCCCAGAAAGCAGUGACAAUGACAACGUGGAGAGAGGUCUAAUCUAAUGAGAGCCUGAUUUGGAAUCUCGGACAUUAUUGCCAUAACUAUUUCCAUUUCUGGUUUUGUACUUUCUGUUAAUGCUUUGUUUAUUCAGCAAAGUAAUAUUCCCAUUGCUAUAAGAUGUUGAAUGUUGAAAAGGACCACCCCACUUGCACUUAAAUCAGUCUUCAACCACAAAUACAGAAAGGAAAUAUUAAACACAUACUGUAUA